AUCUCUUCUUGUAUAACUGUAAUCUCUUGAAUCUCUCGUCGUAACAACAUCUUUUCCCAACAUGAAACUUACCACGCUCGUUACCAUCAUUGCGGGCAGUACUGGUCUUCUCCAAGCAGGCGCAGUUCCCAACCCCGCGCUUUUAAUAACGAACAGUGUCUCCACCCCCAACGGUGAUAACUCAGCCUUCAAACACCUACGCUUUGGACUCCUCGUCCCCAACCGGGCGAAUUCCGUAGAAUGGCUUCCUGUUCCCCACGCUGCUGGCUCAGCGGGGGAAAACGGACCUGCUCAGCACCACCCGUGCGGAGGAAGUAACCGAUUCAGGAACCGCAUCCAGGUGAAGACCUUUGAAAUCACCAAUUUCUUCCGUGGUGCGUUUGGAUGGCCGUUGAGGGAACCUCCUUUCCACCACCCUCACCACCCUCACCACCCUCACCACCCUCACCACCCUCAUCACCCUCACCACCCGCAUCCUCACCCGCACCCUCACCCGCCCCCCAAAGAACACCCUGGAAAGCAUCACCACGAGCACCACCACAAAGGUCCCGAGGGUGAGCACGGCGGCGAGGAUCGCUUCCCCACACUUCUCCCCAUCGUCAGCACCACCGCUCCCAUCAAGCCCUACUCACACGGCUACCAGUUCCACCGCUUUGAGCUCAGCAACAACUUCGGAGUCAGGCUCCAUCGGGCCCUGAUGGCCCUUGGCCCGUGGGAGGGCCGAGCUCUCGCAUUUGUUCUUGGAUGUGGUAUCGGCGUCCUCUUGAGGAUGUUCUGGGUCUUUGCGGUAGUGUUGGUCCGUCUCGUUAGGGGCAAUAGGACCGUUGAGGCGCACGGGUACUCCCCUGUCGCUUUGAGUGCCGAGGAUGUUAUGGUCCCACCCCCCAACUAUGUGUUUGAGGCGGACGUGAAGACUCCCAUUUUUGUUGAGGACGUGAAGACUCCGGUUGUCGCUGAAGAGGUUAAGGAGACCAACGAGGAUGAAUCUAAGUGAAGAGGUGCUGAGCUCUUAUUCAAUCACUAGUAGUACCACAGAACGGACUUGAUUUGUUAAAUUGUUAGUAUGAUACAAAUAUAUCCUCUCCUUCGUG